ACUGAUCGAAUUAAAUUGCGCAAAUUAAUCCAAAGUCACGUUCGAGAUAUUUGACGAUGGGAUCAUUUUAUUCGCAAUCGUGUUCUUUCGCAGGUUUAGUUGACGUGUCUAUAAUUUGAAACCAUUAACACCUGUAGAAAUCGAGAUUUCUGGACGUGUCGUUCAAUUACCAAUAGUCAACAGCCACGUCAGUCGUAAUGAUUCACGAUGGCCAAUAUUCGACUAUAAAAGCAGCCGUAUUUGCGAGUGAAUGUCACAGAUAUUUUCUGAUCUUCAAACAGUUUAAUACACUCGCUGAAAUCUCAUCAUGAACUUUAAGGUGUUUAGCAUUUUGGCUAUGGUGGCCCUGGUUUUCGUCUUCACGACGUCAGCCGAUCCAGCACCAGCAGCACCGGAGGAACAUGUUGCCGAAACUUUGGUCCAAAAACCCGAUCACGCUUCGGAAGAUCAUCACGCUGCUGCUGGAAAAUCCGCUGCCGCCCACUCUCGUCACGUCAAAAGGGUGAGGGACGGAAAGAAACAUCGCGAGCCCAUCGGCAGACGGCCCCGUGAAGUGAAAGCUGCCACCAAGGAGCACAAGAAAGGAGCCAUCGCAACAAAAGAGGCAACACCCACCAAAACAGGAGUACCCAUCAAAGCCGGAGCCACCGCACCGAUUCAUGUACCAGAGGGUGCCCCAGCUGUGGGCCUUCAUGCCCCAUUGCGUGUAAAGCCUAGGCAGCCCAAAGUUAUCUGGAAUGCUCCCAAGAAACCCGUUGCCGGCUAGUCCAGCCCUCAAGUUCUUGACAUGUUGUCACCGUCGAACCCGGCCUUCCUCCUCUGACGAUCCACUUUUCAUUUUUAUUGUUUCUUCUUGUGUUGAUUCGUGUUAAAAACUAACCAGUUUUGCUAAAUACGACAACAUAUUACUGCAGAUUA